AUUACAUAUAAGUGCUCUCUUGUAUUUUAAUUAAAUAUAUUUUGAUAAUGGUAUAUGUUAUACUAAAUUUAAAUAUUAUUUAGUACAGUUUAUACUUAUUAUUUUUGUUAUUGUUUUUAUUAUAAUUGUUAUUAUUAUUCGCACAAAUACUUUUAUAUCACUUGUAACUAUAAAGCUUAUAUUCAUAAAAAAAAAUGAAUAUUGUCUCAGAUGAAAAACCAUCUAUUGCAAUAAGCAAAAUAAAACAUGCUACUGAGGGAAAGUUAAAGGUUGUUGGCGUAUUGUCAUUUACAUCUGAGUGUAUGUGUUGUGCAUUUAAUCAGCAAGGCCAAUUGCUUGCUGUAGGACUAUCAAAUGGUUUAAUUAAAGUUUAUUCAAUUGAAAAUAACAGCUAUGUAUACAGCUUACAAGAACAUUCUACUACUCUCCCUGUUACUUGCUUGAAAUGGAAGCCAGAUAACAGUGCAAUGACAUAUGGAUACAUUCUAAUGGCUACAUAUGCUUCAGGAGAAUGUAAAAUAUGGCACGUUACAACAAGCAAAUGCUUACAUACAUAUACAGACAAUCAGCAACUGCUUGUUUGUGCAUAUAAUGGCUCAGGUAAUAAGGCAAUAGCAGGUGGCAGUGAUGGCAUAAUAAAUGUUUAUGAUGUAACUACAAAUCAAAAGAUAUUAAGAAUGCAACCAAGUACUAAUUCUGAUAUUAUGGAUGGCCAUGUUAUGCGUGUAUUUUCUGUUCAGUAUCAUCCAUAUGAUAACCAUGUGUUUGUAUCUGGUGGUUGGGAUGAUACUGUCCAAUGGUGGGACACACGAAUAUCAGACAAGCAUUCCAUCAAAAAAAUAUCUGGUCCUCAUAUUUGUGGGGAAGCUAUUGAUAUAGAACCCAAUACUUUAAAAAUGGUAGCUGCUUCAUGGAGAAAAUUUGAAAACUUGCAAGUAUUUGACUUUGGAACUGGAAAGUUAAUAAAAGACACACCUCUUAAAUUUAACCAAUCAAUGCUUUACUGUGCUCAAUGGAAAGAUUCUGAAACGAUUUUGAGUGGUGGAAGUCAUGGUAAUAUGAUGCAAUGCACACAUUUUUCAUCCUUUGAAACCGUGUCUAAACUGACGAAUCUUUAUGGUGCUGUUUACUCAAUUGAUAACAACCGUGUUGGUCUUCAUCCUAUAGUUGCAGUGUGUUCAGACAAAAAUGUUUAUUUAGUUGAAUCUACUUCAUAAUAAUUUUAUUACAACAAUAAAUGAUGUAAACAUUUAAAUGUGAUUUCAUGAUUUAUGUGUUA